GUCAAUGCCUCGUGGUCCGGUCGGCUUUCAGUGUCGGCCGUUCUCCUCGUCCGAGACGAUUUCUUCGACUUCUCGACAUUAAUUGCUUUGAUUCCUUUGCUUGCUGCCAGUCAUCGAGCACCGAUUGACUUUAACUCAUUGUCAGUCAGUUUCGCUUCGACGCGACUCUCUCUCUCUCGAGCCGUCAUCACUCGAGAAAUUUCAUUUUUAUUAUUGUUGGAAAUCCCUAUAGAGAAUAGAGUCAAGUUGAUCGAAUUUUAAUUGCAUAAUCACGCUGUUAUUCAAGUCAGUCUGUUGGGUUGUUUCGUCUGGGUAACGGGAGUGAGCAAAUUGGUGAUUUCGCUUUAUUUCUGAAUCAUUUGCAGUAGCUUGAAAGCACCGAGUUCAUCAUUUUCCGCGGAUAUUGUUUCAUGUUUUGUUGCUGCUGAGUAGUGUAAGUUGAGAGUGGAAAUUGAUCCGGGAAGCUGAAACUUGAAUUGGUUCUACCUCGUUGCUGUGUUCCACGACGAAGUCCUAUUCGAUGAAAGAGCGAUCAACCGGCAUAAAGAUGAAAGACUCACAGAGAUACGAAGAUCAUACCAUAUAUAAGACACGAUCAUCCUGCAGCCUGCGAAAACUGAGAGACAUGGUCCCGGCACGGGUGGUGCUCUACAUGCUGUCGUUCUCGGGAUUUACCGUCUCGUUCAUGAUGAGGAACGAUAUCAACAUCACCAUGGUAGCGAUGGUGAAACCGCCACCUACGACAUCGGACACCAACGUUACCGUGACAUCCCAGUAUUGUUACGUAACGCCGAAUGCAUCGUUCACCAACAACACACCGAUCAGACUUGAGGAUCAAGGAGAGUUUGAUUGGAGUCCAACCAUACAGUCUGCCAUUACCGGCUCGUUCUACUGGUGUUACAUCCUGUCGCAAGUAGUCGGUGGCGUGCUGACGCAGUACUUUGGUACAAAGACGGUGUUUGGUGGUUCACAACUAAUCACGGCGAUCUGUAGUUUACUGAUGCCCUCUGCAGCGGGAAUUCACUACGGAGUUAUGAUCGCGUUGCGUAGUAUACAGGGUAUUGCCAGUGGACUCACGUGGCCUGCAAUGUACGCGAUUGUCGGACACUGGAUCCCUCCUGUGGAGCGGUCGCGUUUUAUGUCUUCCUUCCAAGGGUUCAGUGUCGGCAUCGGGAUAACCUAUCCACUGUGCGGAUUCAUCAUCGCUCAUUUCGGAUGGAGAGCGGUCUUCUAUACGACCGGGAGUAUCGGUACCAUUUGGUGCCUUUUCUGGUACUUCUUCGCCUUUGAUACGCCUGCCGCGCAUCCCAGAAUAUCCCAGCAGGAGUUACGAUAUAUCCAAGGAAGUGUGAGCAAUCAAGUUCACGCGAACGAGAGCAUGCCGGUCCCAUGGGGUUCCAUUCUCAAAUCCUGGCCAGUGUGGUCUAUCGGGAUUACUACAUUCGGAAGGAUAUGGGUGCAUUAUAUCUUCAUCAUCUCUGGACCAAUGUACAUGAAGACAGUUCUAGGAUUCAGCAUCCAAGCGAAUGGAGUGCUAUCGGGUUUACCGUUCAUCUGUAGUUACUUCAGCUCUGUUGCCUUCUGUUAUAUAGCUGAUGUCCUCGUCACGCGACAAAUUUUGUCACUGACGAACGUUAGGAAGGUGUUCACCGCCUCUUCACAAGUAGUUCCUGGAAUAAUGUUAGUGUUAAUCGGGUACUUAGGCUGCGAUAUUGUUCUCGUUUUAAUAGUGUGGUUCAUAGCUGUUACACUGAUUACUGCUGCAUACGCAGGGGCGAUGGCGAGCAUUGUCGAUAUCGCGCCAAAUUUUGCUGGUCCAAUAUUGGCGUUCGCACAGACAAUUCACAUGACAGCCAGUUUUUUAUCUCCGGCCGUGGCUGGUCUCCUCAUAGAAAAAAGCCAAACUCUCGACGCAUGGAGACAGGUAUUCUUGGAGAGUGCGUGUGUCGCAUGUGGCACUUAUAUCGUCUACCAGAUUUUCGGUACGGGUGAUAUCCAAGCGUGGAACUAUCCCGAUCAGAAAUAUCCGCAAUCUGUUCAAGAAGAUUCUCAGCUUUUGAACGAAUUUCCUGAAAAGAACGGGAAAAUUGUCAAAUCUCGAUCAGAUACUUACGAGGAAGCGUAACGCAAUUGACGUUCAACAAAAAAAGAAAGCACAUGAGCUGUGUCUCGUAUUUCAGUCAACUAUGAAUACUUCUCCCUGAAAUCUCGAAACAAAGGCAAUCUAAGAUUAUAUAUAUAUAUAUAUAUAUACACAUACAUGCGCGAAAUAUGUCUAUUUUUUUCGUAAUAUCUCUGUAUCUAUGUAAAUAGAGUUGGUAGUUGGUCAGUAUCGAGGCAGAAAUGAUAUAUAGCACUCAGGGUAACGUACGUUGUAACGAUUCAAAGAAUAUUUUUAUGAGAAUGUAUCUAAAAACGCGCAAACACUCCGUUUUUCGCCUCUUCUUGCGUCACACUUUGUGAAAAGUCCUGAGCCAGG